GUAGGAGGGUUUUGAAGUUAAAACCUAGAGGAGUGCUGAACAGAGAUUGAAGUUUCUUCCCAUGGCGUGGAGGCAAUUCUUUUCCCUCAACAGAAGAUUUCCUAUACCAUCAAAUGCUGCACUGUCACCCUUCGCAGGGUUUUCUAGUUUCUCCUCCAAAUCCAAUCAGUACAUAGUGAAGGUGGGGAUUCCAGAGUUCUUGAACGGAGUGGGGAAAGGGGUAGAGACCCAUGCCGAAAAGAUUGAGUCCGAGAUCGGAGAUUUCCAGAAGCUUCUGGUUACUCGAACCCUUAGGCUCAAGCGUCUUGGCAUCCCCGUAAAGCAUAGGAAACUAAUACUGAAAUACACCCACAAAUAUAGACUGGGACUAUGGAGGCCUAGAGCGGAGCCUGUGAAAUCCUAACAACGCUUUCGAUAACUGGCCACCCCACACAUAAGUUUAUUUGACGAAUGCGCUUUGUAAUAUUUACUGCUCUGAGCUCGAGUAAGAGCUUAAGUUAUUCAGGGAGUCUAGACCUUUUGUUUAGUAAAUCUGGAUAAGGAAAGCAUGCACUAUUGGACAUCAUGCUUUGGCUUUACUUGUGAUUCUGGUUUUUCAUGAAUUGUCACUUUUGGUCUAAACCACAGAAACAGUUUACUUCUUCAUCUUGGCC